AUGAGACUUCGACUUCGAAAUAAAGACCAAGUACACAUUAUCACUAGUUUGAACGAGAAAUCGAAAAUGAUAGAAUUAAGACAAGAAAUUCAACGAAUCAACGGAGUUUCACCAGCAUAUCAAGAGUUGAAAACAGGAUUUCCUCCAAAAGUAUGCGGUGCUAAUGAUGAAGUAACAUUAGAGUCAGCAGGAAUACAAAAUGGAGAUCUUAUUCUUCUUACAGAUUUAACACCACCACCAACUGCUGCUGCUGCUAUUACUAAUAGAAAUUUGAAUUCAUCGAAAAUUACCGCUACUGGUGAUGAUUCUACUACUAUGAGUAAAGAUGCCGUUAUAUCGUCUCCAGUAGAAAAUGGUUAUGCUGUUCUAAGGGAAAUGGCAGAUGAUAAUUCAUGUUUAUUCCGUGCAAUUGAAGUUGCACAGAAAUUAAGACAGAAUCCUGUAACUUAUUCUGACAUUAUCUUGGGAAAAUCACGCAAUGAGUAUUGUAAAUGGAUUGCACAGAAGAAUAGUUGGGGAGGUGCAAUAGAAAUUCGUAGCGUAGAUGUAGGAACAGGAAGAAUUGAUAAAUACGAUUAUGAUGCAGUUGCCUUAACUCCCAUGAUUAGUGCUGAUAAAGAUUAUGAUCAAACAAUUUUUGAAAUUUCUGACCAAUCAAUUCUAAAUGGAGCAAUUAGCAUUGCAAAUAAAAUGAAAAAGCUUCACAAGUAUACAUAUACACCGAAUGUUACUUGA